AUAAUCAGCUCAAAGCCUUCAGCCCCUCUCUUUGAAGCCCCCCAAGGUCGGCUCUGUAACAGCAUCACUAGUGUGCGACUAAGAAGAUAUGGGAACCCUGGGAAAUGUAGUCAUGUAAUCCCAAACUUGUCAAGAUUUGUUAUAGAAAACGCAAUUUAUUAACAUGUCCGCAAUUUACGGGGGCGGCCAUUUUGUCAAAGACCAAGAGCAAUGCUAUGCUGGGGAUGCACUGUUUUGCACACUGAUAGUCGUCUGCUAUCGCAGUGCCACAUGGGAUUUUCACCUCUAGUGCCGGUUACUAUAGAGACCGCUUGCUUAGUUAUAGAUGCGAGCAUUAAUAUAGAACAUAGAAUAGUUGUAUUGAAAUUCAAUAAUGAUUAAAAACCGGGCGACAGACGGCAGCCUCAAACAAAGCAACGACAAUACCGUUAGGACCUUAAAUCAUGACGUCACCACGCACGCGCGUCCUGGAACGCAGAAUUUCGGAAUGCUGAUGGAACGCAAAACCCGGAAGUGAAAGCGUUUGCUCGUCACAAAUGCCGAUAUUUCCAGUUCCGGUGAUUUUUUAGUCAACAAGAGCAACGAAGCUUCUCACCAGCAUUUUACCAUAUGCCGCUACUCUACUGACCAGUAAUGGAGAAUAAGAAAUGUAAGAAGGAUGGUGCGAAUGUUGCCCUUCAGAAAACACAGGGGGAAUUUCUUCGGAUCGUGAAAAUAAAGGAGGAGCAAGAACCUACAGUCAUUAGCCCAGAUUGCUCCAGUAACAGAAAUUCACCAGAAAAAUGUCCAACGACUCGCUGUUCACAGAAUCGGUCAGAGGAAGUUUUUUCAGCAGACAAACCCAUUAAGGAAGAAAAUCUGAAUAUUGUGGUAGUUGAUGUUGGUCCAGAGGUUCAAAAAGUGAAUGAGAAAAUCAGUGUGAAAAUUAAGGAAGAAGAUAUUCCAGCAGACAUCAGUCCGGUACACCUGAACACAAGGCGAAGUUCUCUACGAAAUCCUUACAAGAAAUGGUGGUCCCCUGCUAAAAGUAGUCGUGCAGGUGCUCAUAAGAUGGAUCUCUCAAAAAAGAAAAUUUAUUCCGAAUAUCUCAUGAAUCCACAGUUCCUGAAAGAAUUCAUAGACAUGUAUCGGUCCUUUCCGUGCCUGUGGAAUGUGAAGAUUUCUGACUAUUCCAAUAAACAGAAGAGACUGAAGGCCUAUGAGAGCAUGGUCAACCUCUGUCGGUCUGUGUGUCCAAGCGCCAACAUCCAGUUUGUUAAACAUAAGAUCGCCAAUUUGAGAACAGUCUUCAAGAAAGAAUUCAACAAGGUACAGGUGUCUAAAAAGACUGCCACCUCCGCUGAAGACGUGUACGUGCCCCGGCUGUGGUACUUUGACCUGCUUAAGUUCACAAUUGGUCAGGAUUCUCCAAAAGAGGGAUCAUCCAACUCAGGAGAAUCGCAGGAAUGUCGCCAAGAAGAAGAGACAGUUGACGAGACCAUGGAGAUUCUGGAGGACUCUACUAACAUGUCUCAGGUAACCAGUAACAGCCAAUCAGAGGACAUAGACUACGACCCCCAGGAGGACAUGCCAUUCAUAAGGAAGAGAAAGAAAGCAAAACUGUACAAUGAUGACGACCUGAGCAAUGAGCUGCUUACUCAAGCUGCAGCUAUUCUUUCAAAAAACAGUGACGAGUAUGACGCCUUUGGUAUAACAGUAGCAUCAAAAUUACGGAGGAUGGAGGAAAAACAGAGACUUGUCGCCGAAGUCCUUAUCAUGGAUGUUUUAUACAAGGGCAUGCUUAACCAGUUAAGUGAAGAAUCGUACAUUGCUGAUUACCCCAUUCACUACUACUCAUCCAAUGCGAUGAGCUGACCGCCUUCCUUCAGGUUGUCUUAUACUUAUGCUCACCAAAUGGCCAGGACAAGCUGUGACUCUGUGCCCAUUUCAAAUGUCACAUGGUUGGGGCUCCUCAUCCUGUUUAAAGGGUAACUCCACUAGUAGAAUAUUUUUUUUUUCUUUGCCUUAUGUAAAUACUAUAUGAUGGCCGUAUACACAGUAUACUUAUCAUAUUGGAUGUUUGUAGUGUUACACCAUUGUGUAAACUUUCAUUACCUUCCAUCCAUUAUCCAUCAACCUACAGUUUCUUGUUUUAAAACCCUCUGGACUUGUUUAGUCUAUAGCUGGGAAGUAUUGACUCCACUGGAAAAUACAUAAAUCUACUUUUACAUGAUUUGAUAUUUGGAGUUUAUUUUAAUGUCAUUGUUAUCUAUGAGAUCCACAAUGUUCACAUAAUGAUUGUCUCCUUCCUUAAACAAAGCAUUUCUACCCUAAAGUAAUUUCAUAUAUAGGACGGGAAAUAGAUCAUCUACAGUGGAGAGAAAACUGGAGUGACUUGGAGAAUGUGACUUGGCCACACAAGAUGAUGGCGUUCUGCCAUUGUUACUCAAUGCAUGCAUAGAAGGUGCUCUGGAAUGGCUCAGGCAAGUUUUAUUGAUCUCUUAUGUUGCAAGACAUUAUCCUUUCUGGUAGAAUAUGGUUUUUACCAUAUGAUAUGGUUCUCAUUAAGUAGCAGCCAUUAUUUCCUAGAAAAGAAAAUAAGUAGUAAUAAUAUUAAUAGUAAUAAUAUGAUUUUACGCAAGUUCAGGAUCCUGCAGUCAGGGCAAAAAGUAAGGACAAAUGUGAACAUGAAUAUUUGGUCUUCAUUCAAAAAGUAUAUGAAGAUACAGGUGGUGUGACUGAACAAAAAACAAUAGCAAAUUGUAAAAAAAAAAAAGUUUACAUACAUACCAUUAGCUUCUACAGUUCAUAAGGUCAAAAAAAGACCAGAGUCCAUAAAGUUCAACCUAUAACCCUAAUGAGUCCCUACUGAGUUGAUCCAGAGGAAUGCAAAAAAAAAAAAAAACUCAUACUAGAGGUAAAAAUUCCUUCCCCACUCCGAAUAUGGCAUCAGAAUAAAUCCCUGGAUCAACAUUCUGUCCCUAUAGAUCUAGUUUACAUAACCAGCAAUGUUGUUGUUCUCCAAAAAUGCAUCCAGACCCCUUUUUAAAUUCUUUUAGAGAGUUCCCCAUAACCACCUCCUCUGGCAGAGAAUUCCACAGUCUCACUGCUCUUACAGUAAAUAACCCCCAUCUGUGCUGGUGUAGAAACCUUCUUUCCUCUAGAAGUAGAGGAUGCCCCCUUGUUAUAGAUACAGUCCUGGGUAUAAAUAGGUCAUGGGAGAGAAUUAUGUACUGUCCCCUGAUAUAUUUAUACAUAGUUAUUAGGUCUCCCCUAAGCCUUCUUUUUUUCCAAACUAAAUAACCCUGAUAAUCUUUCUGGGUACUGUAGUCCUCCCAUUCCCCGUAUUACCCUGGUUGCCCGUCUUUGAACCCUCCCCAGCUCCACUGUAUCUUUCUUGUACACUGGUGCCCAGUACUGUACACAGUAUUCUAUGUGUGGUCUGACUAGUGAUUUGUACAGCUGUAGAAUUAUUUCCUUGUCGUGGGCAUAUAUGCCCCUAUUGAUGCACCCCAUGAUUUUAUUUGCCUUGGCAGCAGCUGUCCGACACUGGUCACUACAGCUAAAUUUACUGUUAACUAAGACUCCCAAGUCCUUUUCUAUGUCAGUAGUCCCAAGUGUGCUCCCAUUUAAUACAUAAUCCCAAACCGGAUUUUUCCUCCCCAUGUGAAUUUCCUUACAUUUAUCAGUGUUGAACCUCAUCGGCCACUUCCCACCCCAAACCUCCAACCUAUCCAGAUCCAUUUGUAACAGUGCACUGUCCUCUAUAGUGUUUACCGCUUUACAGAGUUUAGUAUCAUCUGCAAUGAUUACUUCUUUACUAUUGAACCCCUCUACAAGGUCAUUAAUGAAUAUAUUAAAUAGGACAGGACCCAAGAAGGACCCCUGUGGUACCCCACUAGUAACAGUCACCCAAUCAGAGUAAGUACCAUUAAUAACCACCCUGUUUCCUAUCAUUGAGCCAGUUACUUGCACACAUUCUCCCCCAGCCCAAUCCUUCUUAUUUUAUGCACCAAUCUUUUAUGUGGCACCGUAUCAAAUGCUUUGGAAAAAUCCAGAUAUACGACAUCCAGCGAUUACCCCUGGUCCAGUCUGGAGCUCACCUCCUCAUAAAAGCUGAUCAGGUUAGUUUAACAGGACCGAUCCCUCAUAAAGCCAUGCUGAUAUGGAGUCAUAUAUUUAUUUUUAUUAAGAUACUCCAAAAUGGAAUCUCUUAGAAAACCCUCAAAUAGUUUAACCUCCAUUGUAUGUAAAUUAGCAGGCCCAUAAUUCCCGGGUCACCUUUUGACCCCUUUUUAAAUAUUUGCACCACAUUUGUCAUGCGCCAGUCCUGGGGAACUGUCCCUGUCGCUGUAGAGUCCCUGAAUAUUAAAAAUAGGGGUCUGCCUAUUACAAUACUUAAUACCUUUAGAACACGGGGGGUGAAUAAUGGCAUCUAAACCUGGCGAUUUUGUCUAUUUUUGAUUUUUUGUUGGCGGCACUGUACGUCUUCCUGGUUUAGACAGGUGACCUGUAAUGGGGAGUUUACCUUAUCUCGCUGUAUUUCACCUGGCAUUUCAUUUUCCUCUGUGAAUACAGUGAAGAAUUUGUUUAAUAUAUUUUCUUUUUCCUGAUCCUUUUUAUAAUUUCCUCCUCAUAAUUUUUUAAAGGGCCAACACUUUCAUUUUUAACCUUUUUGCUAUUUAUAUAGUUAAAAAACAUUUUGGAGUUAGUUUUACUUUGUUUGGCAAUGAGACUUUUUGUCUCAAUUUUUGCGACUUUUAUCAGUUUUUUUUUACAUAUUUUACA